GCGAGUAGCGAGCGGGCGUGUCUCGUGCGCUGUCCAGAUCGCUUCGUUCCUCCGCCGAGUGGCACUCCUCCGCGGGGCGAGGCGUGGCGUGUGGCCUUCCCUCCUCGCGCGGUGCUGUGUCGGGAGCUGUGGUGGUGUGCGUACUUAUCUUUCCUCACGUGCGUGUCCCUUACAUUCCCUUCAGUGUGUCGGAGUGCUGUUAGAUGUGCCGAGAGGGAUGCUUAUAGUUCCCGUGAUUGUGUCCCCGCGACCAGUACAGCCUCAGUAGACUCGUGGUGACUCGCCGGUGCUGUCCACGCCUGGCUACUCGCUGCCUGCUGCUCGCUACCUGCUGCUUGCCUGCCUCUCCUCCCACGUCCAUGAGAGACCACACAGGUCAGGUGUCGGUGGUCAGUGACUCUGGCGGUGCUACAGCAGGAGUGGGGAGAAUCUCACCCGGUCCUUGAACGCCCCUACUACAUACAUCCUCUUCGUCUUUCUCCUCCUUUCUUCCCUCUUCCUCCUCUUCUUCCAUCUUUUCAUCCUCCCUCUUGACGUGACGAGAUGUACUGAUCAAAUUCUUCAUCUGUUUGUCUUCUCUUUCUCCUCUUCCUCUUCCUCCGCCUCCUUGACGGUAAAGUAGUGAAGAAAUUCCAGUAAAACCCUACAGCUGGGAAUCAUGUGUAGUGGUGUGCCAUGUACCAGUCACUGAGGGAACCCGUGAUCAUUACCUAACCUUUUAACACAAUCCUAUAAAGAAAGAGAAAGAGAUUAAGAUAAUUGCCGAGAGGAAGAAAAUGAGCGGUGACUAUGCCUGGCAGCGAGUAUGAGACAAGGAGGAGAAGGAGAAGCAAGAAAAAAGGGUAAUCACGUGACUCCAGCCCCAAGUAGAGGCAAUCGGUGCGAGGGAAGGACAAGAGGAGAACACCCAAACUUCCUACUCGCCAGUGCCCACGCGUGUCUGGGCGGAAAGCGCUAUGAUCGGCUGGCCGGGCGAGGUGGCACUGGCCCCUAACAGCCCAUGGGCGGCAAGACAUCGCGUCCUCCUAGUGGCGCUGCUUUUCGUCUCGUGGCCUCCCAGAGCUAUGGUGUCCGCCAUCCUCAUGUCCAAACUGCCGGUGUCCGUGAUGGCGGGCGUGGCUGGGGUGCCUGCCAAGCUGCCCUGUGUGGUGAUCCAGAAGCAGCAGGAGGACUACCCUAUCCUGGUGCUGUGGUACAAGGACGGUGCCAGGCUGCCCUUCUACACCAUCGACCUGAGGGAGCCGGCGGACAAGGAGUACAUCGAUGAGGAGGUGAAGGGGCGGGUGAGGGCGGAGGUAUCUGAAGGCGGUCACCUCACCCUGGAUCCUCUGCAAGGCUCAGACGCGGGCAGGUACAAAUGUCGCGUGGACUUCAGAGACGGCCCAACUCUCUCCGCCUUCGUGAAUCUUACAGUCUACGUGAUGCCGUCCCGUCUGGUGGUGCUGAACGAGGAGAGCCACAUGGUGUCCUCUGGUCUGCUGGGGCCUCUCACGGAAGAUUCCAGACUGACCCUCUACUGCGUCGCCACAGGAGGUCGGCCGCCCCCGGAGGUUACCUGGUGGCGAGGCUCUGAGCUGCUGGCUAACCGCAGUCUGGUGCUAGGGGAGGACGGCAGCCUGCUUUCAGCGCGGCAUGCGGGCGGGACAGGGCUACAGGUGAGCGUGGGCGUGCACCAUGUCCGGACGGAGCUCACCAUACCCGCCCUCACCCGUAACCACGCCCGCGCCAACCUCACCUGCCGCGCCUCCAACAACAACCUCACCGAGCCUCUCCACACCACAGUCUCCCUCGACCUGUAUUUGCGGCCGUCCAACGUUGUAGUGAGGCCGCCGCAGGAACCGCUGGUGGAGGGGCGCAAGACGAGGCUGGAGUGCGUGGCCUCAGGGGCAUAUCCUUCAGCCGUCAUCACGUGGCAGAAGACCAGAGGAGGCAAGACCACCACGGAGGAGGGAGAGCAGUCCCGGAUGAUGGGCAACAAGACUGUCUCGCUGCUCACGUUCAUCCCUGAGGCGGAGGACAACGGCGCGACACUCACCUGCCGCGCACACAACCCCAGCAUUCCCGGCCAGGGCAUGCACACCACCACCGUCCUCCAAGUCACCUUCAAGCCUCGGGUGAAGCUUCGGCUCGGUGUGAACCUAGGAGGGCGCCCCAUCACCGAGGCGGAGGACGUGUACUUCGAGUGUGAGAUCGCCUGCAACCCUGGCCCCCGGGAGGUCCUGUGGCACAAAGACGGCCUACCAGUGUACCAGGACAUGAAGGCAGGUAUCAUCGUGUCCCAGAAGAACUUGGUGCUACAGAUGGUUCGUCGCACCUCCGCCGGGAACUACACCUGUACAGCAUCCAACGCCCUGGGCACCACCACCAGCAACGUGGUGCCACUCUCCAUCCGCUAUCUCCCGGUGUGCAGAGACGGGCCGCAGACGGUGGCAGUGGCGGAGGGGGAGGACGUGCGCCUCACCUGCCGGGUUGACGCGCAGCCUGAUGAGAACCUGCGCUUCACCUGGUACUUCAACAACACCCUGGACACAGUGGAGGUGGAGGGGCACCGCGUGGAGGUCAGGAAGGGACGCAGUUUCCUCGACUACACCCCGAGGUCUGCGCGGGACUAUGGCACCCUCUCCUGCUGGGCCAUGAACAUCGUGGGCACCCAAGCAGACCCCUGCCGCUUCACCGUGGUCGAGGCGGGCCCUCCGGAACGAGUAGCCAACUGCGUGCUGGUGAAUCUGACAGUAGGAACGCUGGAGGUGGGGUGCACGCCGGGAAAUGACGGGGGCCUGCCUCAGUACUUCGUGGCGCGCGUGUACACCUCUCCCACACACAUCCUGCUGGCUACCCUUCAGGAGCAGGAGCCGAGGUUCCAUGUGGGAGGCCUCACACCGGGACAGGACUACCUCAUCACCAUCACAGCGGUCAAUGCCAAGGGCGCGAGUGAGCCUGAGGAAAUCGACGCCAUUAGACUGAAGGUUGCGGAGAAGCGUAUGGGUGACGUAUCCUCGCCGCCCGUGUCUCCCCUCGUGGGCGUGUUCCUGGGGCUUGUGGGCGGCUUCGUGUUGCUUCUCCUUGCCGGCAUCCUCCUUACCCGCGCCCGUUCCAGCAAUAGGUGCGCGUGUCUGCGGCAGCGGGACCGAGGGGCUGGCGAGUCUGGCAGUACCUCCGCCUCGUCAAAGAAAGGAGUGGGUGGGCGUGGCAUCUCCUCCCCAUGCGACGACCCAGACGACGAGGACGAUGACGAGGACGGGCCUGACGUGGUGAAAACUGCAAACGAGACGGCGCAGCUCUUAGAGGGUCAGAAGUGUCCGGAAAUCAUCCCAGCCCGGCGCCCACAAACCUACACCCACACUACGGUACUAAGUCAAGCCAGCACAAAGGAAGGCUCGCAGUUGGCGCCAAACGGGACGGGCGGGAGGGGGCUGUUUAGGGACGCCGGCAGCCCCCACCACCUGGCACAAGAUGAAAGCUUUGUGUAACCCCAACUCUCCAAUGCACCCCACCAAGCCCCACCCCACUGUAUCCCGCCCCGCAGUGCCCCGCCGCUCAUACAUAUCUGCCAGUGCCCAAGGAUAACUAAAGGACACCUGGGGACUUCCGGAUACAUGCUAAUUGUUCUUCUGUCUCACCUAGCUCACGUGGCGCCCUCUGUUCAUUGCCGUGCCGCUUCUUUAUCUGAAAACGUGCACUGGUGGAAAAAGACUGGAGAGGAAAAGGUGGCUGAAGAGUUAAAAGACGGAAAAGUGAGGGAAAUGUAAAGCGAUCCAGUCAGUCAGUCAAGGAGUCGGUCUGUGGAAUUGUUAGUGAAGAUGGAUGGAAAGGAUGGAUGGAGGGAAGAAUCUGCGUCACUCCAGCCAGCUCUCUUUCCCUCUCUGUCUCUCAAGAUGUGAUGAUGUCUCGUGUGCUGGCUGAAAAUCUGCUCCCCUUCUUCACUUCUGCUUGGCUGUCUGCAAUUUUUUUCUCCUGUUUCGGAUUUUUUUUUUUUUUUUUUUUUUUUACUCCUGCUGUUUGUUAAGUUCAGGUGAGUUUGUGUUGU